UGGUUUAAUAGUGGUGUCAUAUAACAAAUAAUAUGAUCAAUACUUAGUUUUUAAUACAACCUGAGGACAAUACGUAUGAAAUACGUCAUUUAAGGAUAGUAGACUGGCCGGUCGCGUGUUUCAAUGUGGACGAACUUCAGUACCACUUCCCAAAUAUACGUGCACUUGACUUUAUCAACUGUACGUAUUUAACUACUUUCAAGGGACGGUUUCGACCUAGUAGUAAAAUUGAGAAAUUAUCAAUGCACGGGCUCCCUUUACUAUGGGAGGUACCAGCAGACAUGGUGACAGACAUGCCUCAGCUGAGAGUUAUUGACCUUCGAUAUAACAUGUUGAGGCAUUUGAGAGAACCCCUCUUGAGCAAACCACGAAGACUGGAGCGAGUUUAUUUAAGUGAUAAUAAAUGGGAUUGCAGCGACGGUGGUCUUGAUUGGUUGGCGAUGGAAAGUGAAAACAGUACAAUUAGACAAAUAAUUGUGGAUUACUAUCAACUUCUCUGCCAGCAACAACUCUAUCGAGGCAAGCCGCUGCACAAAGUUAUGGAUAUUAUAAAAAUGGUCCGAAACAACUGUCCCGAUCCGUGCGCGUGUGCUAUGACCCACGUGGUUAACGACAGGAGUGGCGGGUUGCUCCCCCUCAUCACUGUAGACUGCUCUAAGAAGGACCUCGUGAUACCACCUGUUGCAGUACCGCCGAAUACUACUACGUUACGGCUUGAAGGAAACAAGAUCACUUCCAUAAGAAGCUUAGUCCACGAUCCUCAAUACAAGAAGUUGAUGGACCUCUACCUUGAUAACAACACUAUUCAGUUUGUCAAGGAGCUAGAAGGUUCCGAGUGGUUCACGACAUUCCGUGUUUUGAGUUUACGAGGCAAUCGAUUGAAACAGAUACCGGUUUACGCUUUCGACAAAGCCUUUCAAGUGAACAACAACAUAAUGGGUGUAUUUUUGGGUCAUAAUCCGUGGCGGUGCGACUGUCACUUCACACCACGCUUCCAAGGAUUACUGCUCAAGUAUAAGAGAGUUAUCCGAGACUUAUCCGAUAUAAAGUGCUCCAAAUCAGACGACAAAACCAUUUCGCAAGUACAGAUAAGCACACUGUCCCUAGGAAUUGUAUGCAGCAGGACAGAAUUAAAAAUGCCCAUAAGUUCAAUAAAUAUAGCCAAUUUGGUUCUAACUUUCCUUAUACUAUUGGUAGUUGGAAGGUUUUUAUAUGACUGGCAUCACUUUAGAACAACUGGCAAACUGCCUUGGAUUUCUUCUAUUCUGCCUUAAAUGAUAAAUUAUAAUAUUAAUAUUAAAUACGAGAUUAAUGUCAAUUUUUAAAGAAUAUAAAAUUGAUUCAGAUUGA